AUGCAAGAAUAUGGUGGUGAUAAAACUAUUGACCAUCGCGAAGGCACUGAGGGAAGGGAAAGAGGACAAGAAAGCCUCCAUAAAAACCAUUCUUAUACCGUGAUACAGAAACACUAUGGCUCAAAGGAAGGUGACAAAACAAGCUAUGGCAGAGUAACAUCUGGGGGCUAUGAUUCAUCUAGCCAACAGUGUCAAAACACUAGAUACAUCAACUCGUCGGUGCCUACGUUUAGCUCUCCACCACAUUCGCCAUUAGUUGGUGUGGUGUUCCAUCCUUCCUCUCCUAACUACAGCCGAUCAACCAUGACUGAGCAUCUAAACCCUGAUAGAAGAUCGCAAAGUGCAUGGUCUAUCUCCAACCAAGAACCGAUUGGUACAGGCGCUAAGAAAAAAAUAGUCAAAAGCCACGAAAAGCGAAACGUCUGCAGUGCUGAUCCACGAUACCACGAAAGAUAUAAAGACUCCAGUACCGAAACGGAACCGAACAGAAAACAUGAUCGUAAUCUUAGAGCUGAUUCUACAACGAGUUUGGAUUUCUUCGCUGAAGGUGAGCGAAUGGUAUCGGAGCUUUGUAAUAUACCUGAUCCAUCUAAAGGCGAUCUGAAUUCUAAAAAUAUUCAAAAAGGAAGUCAGCAAGAAGACGAUAAAAAAUCCAGUGGCUCUUCAGAAACAUUGCUGACGGCUUUAGAUAAAAUUAUUAUUCAUGAUCAAAUACCUAUACAAAUCGUCCAACUAGCAAUUGAGGCGUGUACUGAUGCUGAAAAUAUAGCUAUCGCUCAUCACAAUCGUCCCUGUUUUAAAAAUAUACACUCGAUUUGUGCAAAAACACGCUCAAAUGUACAAAAACCAGACAGUGCCGUUGCUAAUUUGCAUUCUCAGGGUAUUCCGUGGGUAAUAAAAAACUUUAUAUUUUCUUUUGUCAGAAUCUUAGAUGGUUGGAAAGGCGUGAAAGAACUACUAAGUGAAAAACAUGACAGUUUUUCUAGAAUUGAAAAUAAAUAUUAUAGUCCCAACAUCAGAGAAUGUUUCGUUCAAUGGCAAGCAAUAACAAAGGAAAUGCUAACUCAUAUUUAUAAAACCUUUAAAUGCCUUGAUCAAGGAUUCACUAUGGAACAAAAGAGUUUUACACACAACUAUUAUGCUACUAACUCAGCGGCGCCUCGUCAUCAAAAUCAAGGCAAAUUUCAGCCAAUUAAAACGCAUGUAAGCACCCCAAGAACUAUUAAUACUUCUCCACAACCAUAUAAUACUGUCCAACCUCCGUGGAUGCAGAGCCAAAAUCAGGCACAGAUUCAAAACUUCAACGAGAAUCCAUGGCCAUCUAGACCAAACGUCAGCUACAAAAAGUUUCCAGUUGUUCCACCUCCAAGUACACAGAACUUUUAUCCUUUAAAUGACCAAAGUGAAAUAGAUUAUCAAAAGACGUCGUACAAAUGUGAUCCCUAUAACGUAAGAGAAGCGAAGCCCCGUCAAUCUUGGACUAUAACAAACGUUCCAGACUUUAGAAAUUUAGAAAGCAUGUGUCACACUGACCACCGAGAUUUGUACGCUCAGCUGCGGCAUAAAAUGGAUGCAGAACUUGGCAAAGCUCCCGGACAACCUAUUUUUGGAGCGAUGCCUUGUGAUCUAAUGCAACGAAGAGACAUGGAAUUAAAAGCUAAAAUGAUACCUUUAAGUCACGUAGAAAAAACUUUAAUACCUAGUAUGGCUACAGCGGCUGAUAUGAAAAACUAUGUACAAAAAAAUAACAGCUGUGGUGACACAAAGGAUGACACGGAUUUUUUUGCGGCGUGGGGUCAGAUGGUACAAAAAGAAUCUAACGACUUUUUAACUCAUCACAAUCACAACAUUCAAGUUCCAUCUAAUGUUGUAACGCUCUCGAGCAAUAUCUCUGGCCCCGUACAAUUUAUUGACAAUGAAAACGAUGAGUUCCAUGAAAUGUCAAAGGUUUAUAUGAAACCUGGAAGUUACAAGGUACCUAUUAAACCAGCUGAUCCAAUAUCUUCAUUCGUCCAAAGCGGAUCUCAAGACAUAGGCUUCGACAGUGCGAGUACAGUUGAAGAUUCUUUAAAAAUAAAUGGCCAAUUUUCACCUGUCACAUUAGCUCCUCAGCCCAAAUAUAAUGUCGAAUCUUGGCCAUGUUUGAUACCAAGACGUGCUGAUGAUAUCUUCAACGAAGAACAAAAGCUUAGGAAUAUGGUACCUCCAUUAGAAAUGAGAAGCAUUGAUUGCCUUGAUAUACUCAACUCCAUGACAUCGGAUCGCGCAUGGGAGGCUGCAAAGCAAUCGGCGCCUAAACUUAUGGAUUUCCUUCACGACGACAGUAAAUCAGACACAGCAAGACUAUAUGAUGCUUUAGGUUUAUGUACAAUUGACGAAUUUUCAAAUGAUGACAAGCAAAUACAUAUGAAUUUUGAGAAAAAUGAUAUUUGGCCAACAAAUUCGUCCUUCAAUCAAUAUAUAUCUUCCGGAUCACAGUUAUGGGAACAAAAUGUCUUGAGACAUGAUUAUAGUCAAACCUUGUUUAAUGAAGAUAUUAUAAAAUUUUCCGAAACUGAACAGAAGAAUGACUUUGACGACAAUAUACAAAAUUACGUAAAUAAAAGAAACGAGUCUAAGGAAAUGAAGUGUGCGAAUUUUGAUCAAACAGGGAAUUGCGUCAGAGAUGACAGUCAAAAGAAAUUUACAACAAAGUCCAAAGUGGGUGUUUCCGGUAUGUGGUAUCAUCCAAAAAAGAAGAAGCCGAUACCAUCAGCUUCAGUAAAAAAGUUUGAAAUCAUAAUAGCGAAAUUAUCCACGCUUAACGAAGCGUCAUUUAUUCAGCAUGAUAUGGAUAUAAAAACGGCACCACGAUUUUAUGAGGUCGUUAAGUAUCCAAUGUGCUUACAUGACAUUUUAACGAAAUUGAAAAACUCCUCGUAUACAGAAAUAGAUCAAGUUAUACAGGAUUUUAGACGGAUUUUCAAUAAUGUUAAGCUUUAUCUUAAGAGUUAUCCGGAUACCACCAUGAAAAAAAAUGUUAGUAAAGUUGCAGUUGAAUUUGAAAAUCUAUUGAACGAGGAAUUUCCAAUAAAAAUGGAUACAAAGAAGUCUUUAGAUGAAUGCGAUUCUAAUAAAACACGUGACAAAGAAAACGAUAUUAAGAAUAAUCUCGAAGACAUUAAAACAGACUAA